UGGAGGGGGAGAGAGAAGGGCGUGUGGGUCAGGGCGCGCCUCGCCGCUCGUGGCUCCCGUGUGUGUGUAUGGUGUGGUGUGUUGUGCGUGCUUUCCGGUCUCUCGCCCUCUCGGGCCUCAUGAUGACUGACAGUGGCGGUGGCUGGGGGGCGGGAACCCCCUGCGCUCCUCUCCUCCCCGCCUAACUUUCGGUCUCCUCUUCCAGGCGCGCGUCUCGGCGGCGUGAGAACGAGCGGCGCGCCGCUGCCUUCGCGCUCCACCGGCAAGGGCAGUCCCAGCAGAAAAAGAAUACACCCAGGUCAUAUAAUUUUGGAGAGGGAAAGAAAAUUAAAAAAUUCGUCAGGAUGUCAUACAGACAAGGACUAGAGAAAUAUCGAGAUUUGGAUGAGGAUCAGAUUCUUGGAGCUCUGACAGAAGACGAGAUAAAGAUACUGGAGGAUGAACUGGUGGAACUAGAUCCAGACAAUGCAUUAUUGCCUGCAGGGAUGAGACAGAAAGAUCAAACGAAAAAGACACCUACUGGCCCCUUUAAACGAGAUGACCUUCUGGCACACUUGGAGCAGCAGGCAAAAGAGAUUAAAGAUCGAGAAGAUCUGGUUCCUUUCACAGGAGAGAAAAGAGGAAAAAUCUGGGUUCCCAAGCAGAAGGCCAUUGAUCCUGUUUUGGAAAGCGUAACUCUGGAACCAGAACUGGAGGAGGCACUGGCAAAUGCCUCAGAUGCAGAGCUCUGUGACAUCGCUGCUAUUCUUGGCAUGCACACCCUGAUGAGUAACCAGCAAUAUUAUGAAGCUCUUGGAAGCACAACUAUAGUCAACAAAGAAGGACUGGACAGUAUAAUUAAGCCCACUCAGUAUAAACCAGUUCCUGAUGACCCAAACUUGACUGAUGUGGAAGAAACCUUGGAACGAGUGAAAAACAAUGAUCCGGACCUUGAGGAAGUCAAUCUCAAUAAUAUUAAGGACAUUCCCAUACCAACGUUAAAAGCCUAUGCUGAAGCUCUGAAGAACAACAGCUACGUUAAAAAGUUCAGCAUAGUAGGAACAAGGAGCAAUGACCCCGUUGCUUAUGCACUGGCAGAAAUGUUAAAAGUCAACGGUGUACUGAAGAGUUUAAAUAUAGAAUCAAAUUUCAUUUCCGGAUCAGGAAUCCUAGCUCUGGUGGAUGCGCUACAGUAUAACACAUCGCUGAUUGAGUUGAGAAUUGACAACCAGAGCCAACCCCUUGGCAACAAGGUGGAAAUGGAGAUUGCAAAUAUGUUAGAAAAAAAUACAUCUCUCUUGAAAUUUGGGUAUCACUUCACUCAGCAAGGCCCCAGGCUUCGUGCAUCAAAUGCCAUGAUGAACAACAAUGACCUUGCUCGUUUACGUCGAUGUGAUGGCCUCUGACAUAUAACACAUCAGCCCUGGAACUGGAAGUGAGGAAGAGGAGGCUUGCAGACAUGAAUGGGCCCAUCUUUCCCAAGUGCCGGACUGGGGUGUAGUUCUUUGUUGCGGAAAUAGUGUCGGCGAGCUUGCACUGGACUGUGAAGUGGCAGAGCAACUGUGCAGUGAAUUUGUGGUGCCUGUUUUUUCAUAUGACAUCCUUAUGCACUGAAAAGUCGAAACUAAAUAGUGAUGUAGGCAGAGAUCUUUAUUAUCAGUGUGUGGAUGAUCCCCUUUUUUUAAAAGAGCAAGAGAGAGGAACACAUAGCCUCCACCCCCCCCCCCCCCACCCUGAUGUGGCUGGAUUGCAACUCCCACCAGUCUUAGCCAGCCUGGCUUAUGGUGAGGAAUGUCGGUAGCUGCAGUCCCCAAGCAUUUAGAAGAGCUCACGUUUCCCAUCCCUAUUUUAGAAUAAUCUGGAAUUUGAGCCUGUUAAUAAGGUACAUAUGCUGGAUUUUGGCAAGAUACACUGUAGCAAAAAAAUGGCUUAAAUUUAUAAUUAGUCUGCAGCCUAAUUUCAGUCUGGAUUUUUUGUGUGCAUGGUGUGUGGUGUGAUACGCAUGAGUAGUUAACAAUAACAACAAGAUGCAAGUACUACUCUGUACAUGUAGCAGAAAUGUUAAAAAAAUAAUUUAUUGUUUGUCUUGAUCACAAGAAUUAGAAACUCCUAGUCUGACAGCACUUCCAUUGUCCUAAUGUACAUCAUUAAUUUAAGGACUUGUGAAUUUCAAUCAGCUAGCAACAUCCACAGCCCCACCUUGUAAACUAGUUGUAAGAGCAGAGUAUCUGUUAUUUUUAAAGCAUCUGCACACUCACCCAGCAGAAAGAAUUUUUAAGGCCACUUGUUUCCUAAGCAAUAGUUACAAGAAGGAAAACAAAAACAGCUGCUGAAUGGGAUGUUAACAGUUCCACCGCCCUCCCCCCCUCAGAGUUUAAGACCCAUAAAAAGUGAAUUUGCACAUGCUGUUCUCUUAAGCCUUCUGAUAGUAUGCAGCAGUUUCUAGCCAUUCUUCUGGAUGACUGGCUGCUUUAUUUCUUUGUUACACUUAGCCAAGUUUCAAGACUUGUCCUCACCACUGUUUCAGAUUUCUGAAUGGGCAAGCUGCUUGGGACAGUCCCCUUGAUCAACUACAGAAUGCUACACAUGAUUUUUUUACCUGCACCAAGUGAAUGGGGCACAGCAUUAAUGUCUGGCUGGGAGCAACCACUGGACCCCACCACCACCACUAAUGGUUUGGAGACUAGAUGCUCUCAAGGUGCACAACCCUUCCCCCAUAUACUUUUCUGCAAAGACCUCUGCACAUUGCAGGGGGUUGUGCAGAGGCAUGAUCUUGGCUGGGAAAUUUGGAGGCAGCAUUGCAAACUAUAGGCUCCAUUCUUCCUAGGUGCCAAUAUGAAUUCUUUGCUAUCCUGACAGUCAUGCUCGAAGGAAGCAUCUGCCUGAAGGCAAAAAUCCCUUUCCCCACAUUGAGAGCGUCCAUAGCCUGCCCUUCCCAUAAAUAGUGGGGGACAGAGUGCCAAUAAAUGUGGAAUAUGGAUUAUGUGGCAAGGUUAAGAAAUCUGCAUACACAUUAAUGGCACUAUUAGACCCGUAGAGCUUGGCUUAUAGCCAGUAGAUGCAGUCCACUGGCUGAAAUCUUAUUGCUUCAUGUGGUAAGUCACACUAGAGAAAACCCAUUGAAUCAGUAGGGAUUUGGUGAGUCAACUUCUCCAUAAACUCUACUGAUUCAGCAGGCCUACCUUAGUUAUGACUUACAUAAGUUGCAACAAGAGUAGGCCUACUUGAAUCCAUGGAAAUUACAGAGGCAUUGACUCUCCAAAUGCCCAAUGAUUCAGUGGACCACUUCUAGUGCUAAGCAACAGGAUUUCAGCCAUUAAGUGCUUAUUGCUAGGCAACAGAUCUAUACAUGGUAUAAAACCUGUGCAAUUUGUUUCAGUGAAUAGAGACUGCACUGAUGCCUGGUGGGUUGACCCCUGCCUCCUACUACUGUGUUGUUUGUAAACGAUGCCUUAAUAAAGUACCACUUUUAAGAACUUGA